GUCCGAAUUCCUUUUUAAAGACUUUUUAAAGAAUCCCUUCUGAGCAGAAAUACUGCUACUCGAAGAAGGGAUGGGGUCUGUUGCGAAGAACGGUUUGCAGAAAUAUUUGGUGCAGCUCCAGCAGCACCCUUUGAGAACAAAGGUGAUAACAGCUGGAGUAUUGUCGGCGAUCAGUGAUAUAGUAGCGCAGAAGCUCUCUGGCUUUCAGAAACUUCAGCUUAAACGCCUUCUUCUCAAAGCGGUGUUUGGUGCUGCCUAUCUGGGGCCAUUUGGGCAUUUUUUUCAUAUAUUGCUGGAUAAACUCUUCAAGGGGAAGAGGGACUCCAAAACUGUUGCCAAGAAGGUAGUGGUGGAGCAGCUGACAUCCUCACCAUGGAACAACAUGCUGUUCAUGAUUUAUUAUGGACUUGUUAUCGAAGGAAGGCCAUGGAUCCAUGUGAAAUCUAAAAUCAGGAAAGAAUAUCCAACUGUGCAGUUCACAUCCUGGACAUUCUGGCCAGUUAUCGGAUGGAUAAAUCACCGGUAUAUGCCUUUGCAGUUUCGAGUUGUUCUUCACAGCAUCGUCGCGUGCUUUUGGGGAAUAUUUCUGAAUCUGAGAGCAAGAUCCAUGGCCAUCACCAAAGGAUAAGCUCUUAUAAUUUAGAAGAAAAGAUAGCCAGCCACACAAUAAGUUAAUAUAUUUUGUUGUUUUUAUCCAAAUUGCAUAUAUAUGAUUCACAGAUCUGUGAUUGUAGUUUGUAUGGCUGAGAUGAGAUGGAAUGAAUGGCUCUUCUUCUUCU